AUGAACCAGUUUGUCCCCUCAGCCUUGAUCAACCUCUCGUCAUCCAUAAAAUCUGAACCUUCCAGCACCCAGAGGUCUGUGGCCAACAGUACCACAGUGGGAAAGAUGCCAGGCUCUCCUAGGGCAGGGGGUCAUCUUAGUCCAGAAAGCAAUCAGGUUUUGACCAAGAAGAAAUUACACCACCUGGUUAGAGAAGGAGGUCCCAAUGAACAGCUGGAUGAAGCCAUAGAACAGAUGCUACAACAUUUUGCUGAUUACUUCAUUGAAAAUGUAGUGACGACAGUGUACCAACUAGGGUCAAAAAUGUCCAGCUGCACUGGUGGAACAUGUGGAUCCUAG